CGUGUGUUAUUGGUACAUAUAUUUGUUAUCACGCCUCACAAGCGUGUGUUAUUGGUACAUAUAUUUGUUAUCACGCCUCACAGGCGUGUGUUAUUGGUACAUAUAUUUGUUAUCACGCCUCACAAGCGUGUGUUAUUGGUACAUAUAUUUGUUAUCACGCCUCACAAGCGUGUGUUAUUGGUACAUAUAUUUGUUAUCACCCCUCACAAGCGUGUGUUAUUGGUACAUAUAUUUGUUAUCACGCCUCACAGGCGUGUGUUAUUGGUACAUAUAUUUGUUAUCACGCCUCACAAGCGUGUGUUAUUGGUACAUAUAUUUGUUAUCACGCCUCACAGGCGUGUGUUAUUGGUACAUAUAUUUGUUAUCACGCCUCACAAGCGUGUGUUAUUGGUACAUAUCUAUUUUGCCUAGCGUGUGUUAUUGUUAUUUGUUAUCACGCCUCACAAGCGUGUGUUAUUGGUACAUAUAUUUGUUAUCACGCCUCACAGGCGUGUGUUAUUGGUACAUAUAUUUGUUAUCACGCCUCACAAGCGUGUGUUAUUGGUACAUAUAUUUGUUAUCACGCCUCACAAGCGUGUGUUAUUGGUACAUAUAUUUGUUAUCACGCCUCACAAGCGUGUGUUAUUGGUACAUAUAUUUGUUAUCACCCCUCACAAGCGUGUGUUAUUGGUACAUAUAUUUGUUAUCACGCCUCACAAGCGUGUGUUAUUGGUACAUAUAUUUGUUAUCACGCCUCACAAGCGUGUGUUAUUGGUACAUAUAUUUGUUAUCACCCCUCACAAGCGUGUGUUAUUGGUACAUAUAUUUGUUAUCACGCCUCACAAGCGUGUGUUAUUGGUACAUAUAUUUGUUAUCACGCCUCACAAGCGUGUGUUAUUGGUACAUAUAUUUGUUAUCACGCCUCACAAGCGUGUGUUAUUGGUACAUAUAUUUGUUAUCACGCCUCACAAGCGUGUGUUAUUGGUACAUAUAUUUGUUAUCACGCCUCACAAGCGUGUGUUAUUGGUACAUAUAUUUGUUAUCACCCCUCACAAGCGUGUGUUAUUGGUACAUAUAUUUGUUAUCACGCCUCACAAGCGUGUGUUAUUGGUACAUAUAUUUGUUAUCACCCCUCACAAGCGUGUGUUAUUGGUACAUAUAUUUGUUAUCACCCCUCACAAGCGUGUACAUUUGAUAGGAAAUGA